AGCCGCGUUUUGGGCCCCAACUCCACGGCCUGGAUCCGGGAUCGGGCGACAGCGAUGGCCCCUCAAGCAAGCGAUUCUGCCAUCGAGUACUUGCUGAAGUUGCAGGCCAAGCCGCGGCGGCGCCAGGUGUGCUGCGCCGGCUGGCCCUCGGCCUGGCCUUCCCGGGAGGCCUUGACCUGCUGCGAGCCGGAGAAAUGCGCAUGCCCGGAGGUGGUGAAUUGCUCCGAGCUGGACGCCUCCUUUUCCAGCCAGGGCUCCGAGCCCAGCCCGGGGCCGAGCCCGCGGGGCCGGCCCCGGCAGCUGGUGCAGGAGGCGCGCAUCGAGGUCCCCCGAGCAACGCCGCGGAUCGCAGCGACCGGAGCGAGGAGCCACACGCCGCCGCCCAUCCGGGUGUCAGUGGUGCACUCCCCGGUGUCGCGGGCGCAGACGCAGACGAUGCCCAUGGCGGUUCAGCGCAUCUCGGUGGUGCAGCGGUCCAUCACGCCGCCCAGCAAGGCAGUUCACCCGAUGGCCAAGCCGCCGGCGGUUCAGCCGCUGGCCAUUGCUGAGCUGUCCGCCACGCGCUCCCACCGGCAACUGCCGCAGGCGCCGGACCUGUCGUCCCCGGCCUCCUCCGCUCGCUCGGCGCCCGUCUUGGGCGAGAGCGUCUCCGCGGUGCCGGUGCUGCGCUGGAGCUCCGCCGCCGCGCUCACGGGGAGCCAGCGCGGGCAGGUGCUGACGGCGCGCAGCGCGGGCGCCACGGGCGCCACGUGCACGCCGGCCACGACGCCGCGGUCGAGCCAGGUGACCAUGACUCCAAGGACCUUGACCUCGACGUCGUACCAGCCGCCGCUCCGGCCGGUGGUGGACAGCCGGCGCAGUCAGAGCUGGCAGCCAGCCGCGCCAGCGCCUUCGCCGGUGGCCAUGCACAGCGCCCGGUACAGGAGGCCGCCGAUGGCGCAGGUGGUGGCCUAGAAUUCGCUGGGAAUUUGGUGACCCCUUUAGCAGCCGGUGCCUCCAGUGAAGCCAAGGAUCUAAC